AUGAUCAGGGAGCAGAGGAGGAACAGGUUGAGCUACAUGGGCGUGAUCGAGCCGAAGCAGGAGGUCAGGUCCGAGAUGUGGACCUUGCACACGAAGGAGGGCGAGGACGGACACAUCCGCGGAAGCAUGCAGAUGCACACGCACGUCUUCGGAAUGUCGUUCACGACCCCGACGGUGAGGCGCUUGAGAGACGGCUCCGAGAACAGCAUUAUGACCGUGUACAUCGUCGAUAAGGCGACCAGGCAAAUGAGCUCCAUGUUGAACUGUGACCUGGUCCUGAUCAACGACAUGGACCCGGACGAGAUCCCGCGCAUGCGCCUGAACGAGGAGAUGGCCACGAGGUCGGGGAGUAGCAUGUACAUCAAGCUCGGCUUGUCCGUGCUCGCGUUCGGAACCAUCAUCAGGGACAUCAUCGACUACAUGGGUAUCGGCGCGAGCGAGAUCAUGACCACCGACAUGUACGUCUGGGUGGACGCGAUCUGGCAGCCCGGCAUCCACAGGUGCACGGCCACGUACGCGGUAGGAAGCACCGUCGAGACCACAAGUACCAUCACGGAUCUGAUCGCCCUCGGGGACGGGAGCUCGAUCGCGUGCUUGGGCAGGCUGAUCUUCAAGAUCGAGUACAUGGACAUGAACAAGAGGAGGCUCAAGGUCAUCUUCGCGAGCAUGCACAUGAGCUUCGUCGCGAGGGCUACUCGUACCCGCGCCAAUCUCGGAGAUGUAGAUACCCGGGUUCAGGUCCGUCCACACACAUGCGUUCAAAAGCCGAAGAGCUAG